AUGUCGGCUACGAGCAGUCCCGUGGAACAGAAACUCCCCCAGCGCUCGUCGACCCUGGCGAGUUCCCUCGGUCCGACCCGUCGGGCUUCGCUGAGUGACGACGAGGCGAUCCCGGAAUCGGAUAGCAAUGAGACGACCAACCUUCUCCUCGAGCGGCUCCGGGCCUGGAAGCAUAUGUGCGGAUACCUGGAGGAUUAUGUGGAGGUGACGGCCAAGGUGCAAAAGUCACAGGCGAAGGAUUAUGAGAAGGUUUUGAAGACGGUGAGCGAUCCGUUGCGGGAGGGGCAUCAUUUCUCGCAGAGUGAGGGGGGCGUUGCGGGCUGGUUUGAUAAUAUCCGCACCAACACCCAGGGAAUCGUGAAUGGGUAUCUUGAUACGGAGAAAAACCUGAAGGGCUCCGUGCUGCCGAGCUUGGAGCGGCUUCACAAAGAGCUCAAGAACAAGUCCAAGGAGCUACAGAGCGGCGCCUCCAAGAGCGCCAAGGCCGUGGAAAAGGCUCGCGGCGUCACCCAGAAGCACAUCGAGCUGCUGGCGACGCAGGUCGCCUCGUUCGACUCGACUGCCGGUAACCGGUUCGAGCACGCCCACGACCCGUAUAUCCUGCGUCGCGGCGUCAACCACCGCCUGAACAAACAGGUCAUCGAGGAGAACAACAACCGCCAGGACAUCAUCGCCGUGCAGAACAACUUCCAGCAGUUCGAGGCCCAUGUCCUCAGGACCGUCCAGACUGCGAUGGAGCAGUUCAACGUGUUCAUUGGCAACCAGCUCGAUCGCCAACGCGCCAUGUACAGCGACAUGCUGGCCUCUGCCCAGCGAGUUCCCCCGGAUUUUGAGUGGGUCAAUUUCAUCACCCGCAACGCCCACGCUCUGGUUGACCCGGAUUCGCCCCCGCGAUCGCUGUCCCACAUCACUUUCCCCAACCAAGACCAUCGCGCCACUGUGCCUCUCAUUGAGGGCACACUGGAGCGCAAGUCCCGCGCCAUGCUCAAGGGCUACAGCACCGGCUACUAUGUCAUCUCGCCGGCGCGAUACCUGCACGAGUUCAAGGACAACGACGAUUUCCGGCACGACCCUUCCCCCGAGCUCUCGCUGUACCUGCCCGACUGCGUGAUCGGCGCCGUCGACGGCAACAAGUUCACCAUCAAGGGCAAGGAUGUCUCCGGCGGCAAGGUCGGCAACGCCUUCCACACCACCAGCGAGCUGAACUUCAAGGCCCUCACCCCGAGCGACGCGGAGAAAUGGUGGACCAUCAUCCGGGACGCGGCCAAGGGACCCCCCGCACACAGCGCGCACUCCUCUCAGCCCACCAACCCCGUGGCAGCCGCGGGUGGCGCUGCUGCUGGUGCUGCGACCUCCAGCACUCCCACGGCGGUCACUGCUCCGGCCACUGCUCCGGCCACUGCUGCAGCUCCCGAAGGGCAGGCGCACCCGCCCGCUUAUGCCGAAAAGGAAAACGUUGCCCCAGCUGCGGAGAAGACUCCGGCCGCUGCGGCGGCGGCGCCGAGCCCGACGACUCCGGUCACCGAGACCCAGGCUCCUGCGCCUGCUCCUGCUCCGGAGAAGCUGUGA